GGCGUUGACCCGGUACCCGACGCACAGGGAGAAAAGAUGUGCUGGGACUCUAUGAUGAAGCUGAAGGGCUUUGAUGCAGCAGCAAGGAAACAAGGGAAACACAAGCAGAGAGUUUGGUUGAAAGUUUCCUCCAGUGGCCUGAGAAUCGUGGAUGAAAGGACUGGGGCUGUACUUUAUGACCAUGACAGGAGCAGGAUCAGCUCUUUAACAAAAGAUAAGUCUGACCCCAGAGCUCUGGCCUACGUCUCCCAGCACCAAGACACCUACUGCCUCUUCUACAUUAAGAUGGCCAACCUGGCAGAUCCGGUCCUGGUUGACAUUGAGGAGGUUUGUCAGAAUGUGGACGCAGAGACGCCACAAGAAGCUGCCGAAGCCCCGACACAAAACAAUUCCAUACUGCUACUAAGUGACAGUUCAGCCCCUCCAGCUGAGGAACCAGCUUUUGAGGAUGUUUUCAGUCCACGGCCGGAUUCUUCAUCAGGACAAUCAAACCAGGCCUCUUUUAGUAAUGAGUUGAUGGAAGUCUUUUCCAUCCAGAAGGAGGAGCCACUGAUGGCCAACCAGAGCUCAUGCACCAGUCAGCCAGAGCCUCCACAGCCAACGCUCGGCACCUCUCAGAUCCUCUCCCUGUUCCCCACACAGCCAGUAGGGGGCUCUCCAUACUCCUCUCCCCCAUACUCUCACACCAGCACCGUGCCCUGGGGCCAACAGGGGCUCCUGGGAAAUCAGUGGGCAGGUCCAGCUGCGGCGCCCUGGCCCACAAUGCCCAGCAGUAUGGCAUCAUGGGCAACAACAGGCAUGGCAGCGCCCCCUACAGGCGGACAGAUUCUGGCUCAGGGGCCUCAGCCAGGAGUCAUGGGGGGAGGAAAUACACUUGCUUCACCCACUGCUGUCACCCCUUUAAACUCCUUCUACGCACCCGCUGGAGCAACAGGACCACUGCAGUCAGUGUCUCCCUCCUUAGAGCAGAAUCCCUACCUGUGAUGAACUGGUUAAAAUGGGAAAAUUGUUAAUAAAUUGAAAAUUGCUGCUUAUUGAGCAUUAUUAACCAUGUUAAUUUAAUUUCAAUUUAAUUUCCUUUUUUUACUUGGACAUAUAAUCAAAUAUUUGUGUUGCUAUUCAAGUAAACUGGAAGAUUUAAAAAAUCAAACAUGUGAGUCAGAGUUACGGUUUAACAAUUACUGUCUGUUUAAACUGGACAACCUUUUCACUGCUCUUGUCUCAUAAAAAUAAUAGUUGAAAUCGUAAAGUAAUAUUAUUACAGAUCAAUACUGAUCACGUUA